ACUUGGCGACUAACUUCACUCCUUUUUUUCGAAUUCAUGCCAGCACUUUCGCUUUAGGAGACACAAAAUGACCCAGGGAGACAAACGCGACUUUUAAUACAAAUUUACGGAUGCCAUGUCACCCAUUUUAAGUGUUGUUUUUAUUUUUUAUUUUUCGAUGUUUUGUUGCGUUUCCGCUUAGAAAAAAACGUCCGGCUGCGGCAACACUUCCUGUGUGAGGGAAACAUCGCUGCCUUCGUCAAACACUUCAUGGGGAGCUCAACUUCUACAAUAAAGUAGGAAAAGAAAGCUUCAACAAAAGGGAUGACAGCCAGCACCCCCAGCUACCUGUGGUCCCUACAAGAUGUCCUGGGUCAGGGGGCCACAGCCUGUGUCUACAAGGCUCGGAACAAGAGGUCGGGCGAGUUGGUCGCUGUCAAGGUGUUCAACGUGGCGAGCUACAACCGCACUCACGAGGUCCAGAUGAGGGAGUUUGAAAUGCUCAGGAAGCUGCAGCACAGGAACAUCGUCAGGCUGUACGACGUGGAGGAGCUGCCCUCCAAGCAGAAGGUCCUGGUGAUGGAAUAUUGCUCUGGAAGAAGUCUGCUCUGCUUGCUGGAGGAGCCAGAAAAUGCCUUUGGCCUGCCUGAGACCGAGUUCCUCACUGUCCUGCAAUGUGUCGUGCAAGGAAUGAACCACCUGAGAGAGAACGGCGUGGUCCAUCGGGACAUUAAACCGGGCAACAUCAUGCGUCUGACCGAGGACGGCAGGUCUGUCUAUAAACUGACAGACUUUGGAGCGGCACGAGAUUUGGAGGAUGAUGAGACGUUUUUGUCCAUAUAUGGAACUGAAGAAUAUCUGCACCCAGAUAUGUACGAGCGUGCGGUGCUCCGUAAGCCUCACCAGAAGUCCUACGGCGUGAGCGUGGACCUGUGGAGCGUGGGUGUAACAUUUUACCACGCCGCCACCGGGAGACUCCCUUUUGUGCCGUACGGAGGGCCCCGCAGGGACAAGCAAACCAUGUUCAAAAUCACCACCGAGAAACCGACAGGGGCCAUUUGCGGGAUUCAGCGGGUGGAGAACGGACCGAUCGAGUGGAGUUCACAUCUACCUCAGAGCUGCCAACUGUCAGAAGGUCUGAGGAUGUUGACCGUUCCCGUACUCGCCGGCAUACUCGAGGCAGACCAGGAGAGAUGUUGGGGCUUCGACCAGUUCUUCACCGCCACGACAGACAUAUUACAACGGCAGCCGGUGCACGUCUUUGCUCUCCAACAAGCCGUGGCGCACCGUGUCUACGUCCACCAUUACAACACGGUGUCCGUCUUCUUCGAGGAGGUUGCGUCGCAGACUGGAAUUCCUGUCCCAUACCAGCAGCUCCUCUACUUGGGCUAUGAACUCCCGCUAGAGGGCAGCAUGAAAGUGGUCAACCUCCCAAACACCACACACGAGCGACCGCUCAUACUGGUCAGUCACCGGCCGGAAACCAACAGCGGCCUGCCCUUCGGGGAACCAGAGACUCCAACCGUUCCUCCCAAGUUUGACGUCAAGGCAGACUACAACUUCUCCAAGGUCUUAGUGGGCGUGGUCCACCAGUACCUGAGGAUAGUACAGCUGCUGCACUCACACCGAGAGCUGCUGCUGGAAGGAUAUUACUGCUACAUGAUGAAGUUGCGGGCCGAGUGCGGUGAAGCAAUGCAUAAUAUCUCCAAGAUCAGCAUUAGACUGAAGUCCUGCCUCAGUGUACAACACAGGACAACCGCACUUAUUUUAUACACUGGUGACACAAGAGGAAGGACCCCGGAUAAGAAUGACAGACUGCAGCAGGUCAACGAGCACCUGCCCAUGUACGCCGCGGGCAUCCAGGAGUUUCAGAGCCGCCUCGAGCGCCUGCAGAUAGAACAGGCCAAGCUCGCAGAGGCCCAUGCCAGUGAGAAAAUGUGUCAAAGAAUGCAGGUGCUCCUCCAGAAGAUCACGUCCAUUCAUCAACUUUACCAUAAAGACAAACAUUUGGGCAGGUUGCCGUAUAACGACGAGCAGAUCCACAAGUUUGAGAAAAUCCACCUGUGCGGCCACAUCAAGCAAAUCAAAUCUCUCUUCAGAGAGGACUGUGUGCAGAGGUACAAGGAGCUGUUGGUCACCACUGAGACGUGGAGCAGUAUUUUACUGGAAAUGCAGAAUCUGCAGGACUUCAGUUCCUUUUCCACAGGCUUGUUGGCCGACCUGGAGAUAACUGAGCAGCACCUCAACAAUACUCUGGACAAGGUCUUGGUCACGCAGCAGACGGGCCACGCAGGACCGAAGCAGAAGGAGACAUUAGCCAUGGACAAGGAUCAAAUGGUGUCCAGGAUGCACCACCUUAAGGAAGAAAUGGAAAUUCUUGUCCGGGAACUGCAGUGUAACAACGCCAUUAUUGAGAGUCUAGGACCAGCGAAUUCUGCACCUCCUGAAGAUCCGAGCGUGGGCCGGCCUCGUACGCUCUGACUGGCAGCGUGUUUAUCUCCUCAUGGACAAAUGCUGGCGGGACUGCUGUGAUGCUACCAAGGACCGCCUUCGGUAGACCGCAGAACAGGAACCAAUUAAGAGAUAAGAGGCACGGUUGGGACAAAAAUGCCACUUUUGUGUGUGUGUGUAAAGAAUGAGUAAUAUAUAUACCGGUAAUGGAUUGAGGGCCUGAUUUACUAAGAUCAAAAUACCUCCUUCUAAACAGUUUGUGCAAUCCAUAAAGUUAAAGUACCAAUGAUUGUCCCCCACACACACUAGGUGUGGCAAAAUUAUUCUCUGCAUUUGACCCAUCACCCUUGAUCACCCCCUGGGAGGUGAGGGGAGCAGUGAGCAGCAGCGGUGUCCGCGCCCGGGAAUCAUUUUUGGUGAUUUAGCACCCAAUUCCAACCCUUAAUGCUGAGUGCCAAGCAGGGAGGUAAUGGAUCACAUUUUUAUAGACUAUGGCAGGGGUAGGGAACCUGUGGCUCUAGAGCCAGAUGUGGCUCUUUUGAUGACUGAAUCUGGCUCUCAGAUAAAUCAAUCAAUCAAUGUUUAUUUGUAUAGCCCUAAAUCACUAGUGUCUCAAAGGGCUGCACAAACCACAACACAAACCACUACAACAUCCUCGGUAGGCCCACAUAAGGGCAAGGAAAACUCACACCCAGUGGGACGUCGGUAAAUCUUUGCUGUCAUUGCUUAACACGAUAAGUAAUGAAUAAUUCCGCUGGUAAUCAGAGUGUGAAAAAUAACGUUUAAAUUAUAAAACAUUCUCAUGCAUUUAAAUCCAACCAUCCAUUUUCUAUCGCACCUGUUCAAGAAGUCGCAUUAAUGGUAAGAAUUAUUUUAUGUAUUGUUGGUUAGCUUGAGAAUAACAAUGUUUUUAAAAAUAAUACAAGACUUAUUAUACUCUAAAAAUGUUGCUCUUACUUAAAAAUGCCCGCAUUUAGUUGUAUUCAGUCUUAAAAAGAAAUAUUAUAUGGCUCUCACGGAAAUACUUUAAAAAAUAUUUGGCUUGUAUGGCUCUCUCAGCCAAAAAGGUUCCCGACCCCCUGGUCUAUAUGGCAUGACUCGGCCGGGGGUUGGUACUCACAACCUACCGAUCUCAGGGCGGACACUCCAACCCAGGGGUGUCCAAAGUCCCCCAGGUCAUUAUUUAACGGCCCUAGACGCAUUUUAAAAAUACUAAGGAAAAAAAUUAACAACAUAAAAAGUGGUAUAAAAGAGCAAACAGGUGAAAUGUAACAAGAAAAUGUUGCAAUGUUUACUCUAAUAACACAAAGCUGCCAUAGUGAAUCAAAAGCUAUUAUGAAUUAUUGACCAAUUCAAGGCUCCGAUUUCGUCACUUUAAAGGCCUACUGAAACCCACUACUACCGACCACGCAGUCUGAUAGUUUAUAUAUCAAUGAUGAAAUAUUAACAUUGCAACACAUGCCAUUAUGGCCUUUUUAGUUUACUAAAUUGCAAUUUUAAAUUUCUCGCGAGUUUCUUGUUGAAAACGUCGCGGAAUGAUGAGGCGUACGCUUGACGUCAAGGACUGUCAGGAAAUAUUAGCCCUGCCCCACUAGCGGCUAAAAGUCGUCUGCUUUAAUCGCGUAAUUACACAGUAUUUUGGACAUCUGUGUUGCUGAAUCUUUUGGAAUUUGUUCAUUUAAUAAUGGAGACUAGAAAGAACAAUGCUGUUGGUGGAAAGCGGUGGAUUCCAGCUGUCUUUAGCACCGAGACACAGCCAGUGUUUCUUUGUUUGUUGUGAAGCAGAGCGGUCAAGCGAACAUGUUUUCUCUACGUCAACCAGCAUGUUUUUGGAUGGGGAAAUUGUGAUAUUGAUCUUACCGGAGACAUCAGUGGAUUAUUCGUCGUCCUGCAUCCAUCCAUCCAUUUUCUACCGCUUUCUCCCUUACGGGGUCGCGGGGGGCGCUGGCGCCUAUCUCAGCUACAAUCGGGCGGAAGGCGGGGUACACCCUGGACAAGUCGUCGUCCUGCAACAUCUGUCAAAAAAGGCAGCUGUGAGCUUGGCUCCUCGGCUUCUUUCUGAGACACUGCGUGUUUACCGCAGCCAUCCGACCUCGAGGUACGUCUUUACAAUCUGUCACGCGUUCGGCGCACUUGCUACGCGGAGUUGCCACUUCGUGGAUGCACAAACGACCAGUCAGCAGGAUUGCAGGUAAGAAUUGUUUUUAAUAUAAUAAAACAAAAGAACACUGACACGAAAUGGAAAAAUGAAGCGCGUGCCUACGCACGGGAAGCUAAAGCUAAAACUUAACAGGAGACAAAAGAACAAACAAGAGACGUGCCGACUGCACGCGAAGCUAAGGCGGAACUUAGCACAUGGAAAACAUAAGACCGAAUACAUACGUGACUUGUUGCAAAAGCAAACAAUGGACCGAGGACGAACUAAGGAAUCAGGUGGGCUUAAAUACACAAAUAAUAAUGAGAAACAGGUGUGUGACAGGAGCCUGUGAGGAGGAGCACAAUACGUUGCCAUGGUGACUAAAACAAACGAAGAAGUGCUCAAAACACAAGGAUCGGCAGAGUCCAGAAACAAACAUGAUGAAAAACAUAUCAAAAGGCAAAACCAUAAACGAUCCGAGUCACGGAUCGUGACACAAUCUUUACUUUACAAUCUUUACAAUCUCACUAAAACACUAUUAAAACAAUAAGCAGAUAAGGGAUCGUCCAGAAUUAUCCUAGUAAAUGUGUCUAAUUACAUCUGAAACGCUCACACUGCCGCCGCCCGGAGCCGUCGCUUUUUUUCUUUCUUCCUAGUCCUUCACUAUCAAUAUCCUAAUUCACGAAUCUUUCAUCCUCGCUCAAAUUAAUGGGGAAAUUGUCGCUUUCUCGGUCCAAAUUGCUCUUACUGCUACUACAUUACAAACAAUGUAAAUAUGUGUGGAGCCCUGCAACUCGUGACGUCACGCGCACAUACUUCCGGUAAAGGCAGGGCUUUUCUAUUAGCGACCAAAAGUUGCGAACUUUAUCGUCGAUGUUCUCUACUAAAUCCUUUCAGCAAAAAUAUGGCAAUAUCGCAAAAUGAUCAAGUAUGACACAUAGAAUGGAGCUGCUAUUCCCGUUUAAAUAAGAAAAUCUCAUUUCAGUCGGCCUUUAAAUAUUCCACUUUGAGCUAUUUUUGGGGGCAAAUGUCGCAUAUUUUGUGUUUGCCAUAUAAAAAACUGAGCUGUUUUUUUUCAAAGAAGGGCCUAAAACAAACAAACAAAAAACAUAAACUACAAAAAAAACUUAUAAUUGACGAAUGGAUCUGAAGUUGAUCUCGAGACCAUUGUGUUAAAAGUAAACACUAAAAAAAUAUAUAUUUAUUUUUUACACUUUAAUGAGUAGGACCCUUUUGGAUCAGUGUGUUUUGUUUUUAAGUGUCAUUGCACAAAAAAUAACAGCAAAUUAAAAUCAAUGGUGUUAUGAGUUGUUGACCUUUUUACGGCUCCAAUUAUGAUAUAAUCUGAAGCAUUCUACUUCAAAAUUUUAUUGGGUGAAAACAUUUCACAUUUUAUUUUUGCUUUUCCAUAAAAAAGCAUGGUUUUCUUUGACAAAAAGAGCAUACAACUUAAAUCUUUAAAAACGUCAUAUUGACGGAUAGACUUAAUGUUGAUCUAGAGAUUCAAAACUUGAAUAAUAAUAAAAAAUAAUAAUACUGAAUAGUGACACAUUCUUAACAUUUUAUUUGUACCAAAACCCUUUGAGGUUCCCGGGAUUAAGCCUGAGUGGAGGCCUAAAUGUAUAUUUUUUAUUCGUAUAUUGCAUGGGUCGGGAACCUUUUUGGCUGAGAGAGCCAAAAAGCCAAAUAUUUUAAAAUAUAUUUCCGUAAGAGCCAUAUAAUAUUUUUUCUAACACUGAACACAACUAAACACGUACAUUUUUAAGUAAGACCAACAUUUCUAGAGUAUAAUAGGUCUCUUAUUCUUUGUAAUAACAUUGUUAUUCUGAAGCUAACUGUGGAGGGGGCGUGGCCUGCGGGCCUGCAGCGACAGGUGCGUAGAUGGCCCAUCUGGGCCUUGUUAUGUAAUCACCUGUCGCUCUGUUAUAAGCAGCAGCCAGGAGGAGAGAUGGGGUUGGGGCUGGAAAUACUAUUGCUGGAAAACAACUGAGAGACUUAUUGAAAAAUAAAACAAUAUUGUAACCCUGAAACAGGCUCUCAUGUCGGUGCUUGGGGGUCUGAAGAACCCCAAGGAGGGCAAGCCCCACACUAACCAAUAAUAAAUAAAUAACUUCUUACCAUUAACGCAACUUCUUGAACAGGUGCAGUAGAAAACGGAUGGAUGGAUUAAAAAUGCAUGAGAAUGUUUUAUAUUUUGAACAUUAUUUUUAACACUGAUUACAAGUGGAAUUAUUCAUUACUUAUCGUGUUAAGCAACGUCAGUUCAGAUUUAUCAGAGAGCCAGAUGCAGUCAUAGGUUCCCUACCCCUGGUAUGGUUUUUAAAAUAAAUGGCCCCCGCUUGCUUUGAUUUUUCAGUGUACGGCCCUCAGUGGAAAAAGUUUGGACGCCCCUGCUCUAACCACUAGGCUACUGAAAUUGCGUGUACUAUCAGUGGAUAUGUCACGUGUAAUUUGCUAAGAUAGCGUGUGCAGUUGUAAAGUGGUGCAGACCGCCUUAUUUAAAUAAGAAUUGUGCGUGUACUAUAUGGGGCAUCACCAUGGAGACACUCAUUUACUGCACAUUCAUGUUUUCAUGCUCCGACUUGUGGCAUUAUGUCACAUUUUCAAACAAACAGGAGACAGCUACCACUUUUUAUGGGCGUUUUAGAAGCAGUUGUGCAGUGCAUCCUAUUGUGACACCACUUAUUUUUUUUAAUGCAGUGCUGAGGACACAAAAAAUGCAUACUUCAAGAUUGUUUUAUUAUAUAAGAUAUAUGUUUAGUAAUAUAUAACUUAAGUGAAAAAACAAACAUCAUUAAAAUACACCAAAACGCAUCAAUUUACUCAGCCCCUUAAAACCUCUAAAGGCUUAAUUGGCCACAGGCAUGGACAGCACCUUUUAGCUCUUAUUUCCAAACUUCUGGACACUACUGAAUUUGGGUCUUAUGGCCACUUAUGUGGACACUUAUACUGCCAUCUGGUGGUGUCAGAAGAGUAUAACGUACAAUGGAAUUUGGAGAAAAAAAAAGGGUAAAAAUAAGAAUUAGCAUGUCACUAAAAAUGAAGUACACAUUUGUGUACUUAUGGACUGAGUACAUCAUAUCAAAAGAUGAUUCUUAGUUUUUAUUCUUUUUCGGGUCCAAUAAGCCCAAUUAGCAAAGAGAAAUAAAAAAAAGCAUGUCAACAAACAGCUUGGGCCUUAAGAGGUUUUUAAGUCAUCCAGCAGCUAUGAAAUUAUAAAAGGAUGUUGCUGAAUAGACAAUGUGUUUAACAUUUUUUGUUUCUCAACGUCCAAAAUGUUGACACACUUGGAGGAUUCUCUGUUGUGUGUGUGUGUGUGUGUGUGUGUGUGUGUGUGUGUGUGUGUGUGUGUGCGCGCGCGCGCGCCCCGGACUGAUUGGGGACCAAUGCCCUAAAGGGAAACCUUUUUAAAAUGAUAGUCAGAUCCAUUCUGAAGAUGCCUAAGUGAUUUGUAUUACAUUUUUUACAUUCAGAAUUUUCCAACCUUCUAUAUACAGUAGUUGCAGUUGCAGACAACUUCAUUACUGCUAAGUAGCAGUUUUCAGUAAUGUUACAGAAGAUGCAGGAUUGGUUUGUACAUUUAACUGGUGAAACUUCCUAUAAGAGGACAGCUGUAGUGCUGUAUUCUAAAGAUCAUGUCAUAUAUAAUUUGAACUUUUUUUUUUAAAUGGUCCUCAUUAGUCACGAACAAAUGUGUGUGAAUUAUGCAAACUUGUUUAAAUUUGGUCCCCAUGAACCAUAUUACCUCUUUUUCCCCGGGGUCCCCAGUAUGUAUGAUCAGCACAUUACUUCAUCAAUCCAGAGAUUUAAAGAUGUGUAUGAGCUAACUGGGUAGUGGCCAUUUUACCUCAUUUUUUUUAUGCUUACACAACCUGUAGAAAGGGUGGUCCCCACAAUUCAUGAACAACAACUUGGUGCCCAUUCCAAAUGAUAACCAGUGUGUGCAAUGCAAAAAGUCAGUGUUCAAAAACAAGAAAAAAAUAUACAAAAAUGAGGGGUAUUUUUCUUGAACCGAGCAAUAUUAUCUGCGAAUAGAACAAGAAAAUUUGGCUUGUCAAGACUUUUCGAAACAAGUAAAAUCAGCUAACUUCAAGGAACCCCAAAAUACCUUAAAAUAAGUAUAUUUUCACUAAUAACAAGUGCACUUUUUUGGUAGGAGACCUUUUUGCUCAAUAUGGUGAACAUUUUUCUUAAAUGAAGUAAAUGCUAGUGCCAUUAUCUUGACAUAAUGACAUGUGCUCGGCAUUACAUCUCUGUGCCAUGUCUGCUUUAGCACUGCCGGUGAAUAGCAUGUUAGCGUCGAUUAGAGUAGCAUGUUAGCGACGAUUAGCUGGCAGUCACGCCGCGACCAAAUGUGUCUGAUUAGCACAUAAGUCAACAUCAACAAAACUCACCUUUGUGAUUUCGUUGACUUUAUGGUUGCAAAUGCAUCUGCAGGUUAUCCAUACAUCUCUGUGCCAUGUCUGUCAUCGCCGGUAAAAUGUGGAGACACUCUGGCACAUUCAAUGGGGGUCUGGCGGCAGACACUUUUGCAUCUUCGGGCCAGGGGUGCAACUUGAAUCCCUUCCUGUUAGUGUUGUUACACCCUCCGACAACACACCGACGAGGCAUGAUGUCUCCAAAGUUCCAAAAAAUAGUCGGAAAAUCGGAAAAUAACAGAGCUGAGACCCAAUGUUUGUAAUGUGUUGAAAAUGAAUAUGGCGGCUGUAUUACAUCGGCGACGUCACAUUCUGACUUCAUCGCCUCAAGAGCAAUAAACAGAAAGGCGUUUAAUUCGCCAAAAUUCACCCAUUUAGAGUUCGGAAAUCGGUUAAAAAAAUAUAUGGUCUUUUUUCUGCACCAUCAAGGUAUAUAUUGACGCUUACAUAGGUCUGGUGAUAAUGUUCCCCUUUAACAGACGUAAUCCUCGACUCAUGAGUUGAGUAGAUCAGCUUUGCGUGCGCUAUCAAGUUUGCACGUGUUUUAAUACUCGCAAACCUUGAGUAAAUCAGGCCCGCAGUGUCUCACGGACUAUAGAAGAGGCUAAAGUCUACCUGAACCUUGCUCUGUUUAUUUAAAAUAAUGUCCUCAUUGUGUCUACUUCUAGUACAAACUGUGAUUAAAUCACUCCCAGGGCCACAUUUUUUCAAAAGUACAUUUCUAGUAUGUUGUUGCUUUCGCCAUGUAGUCGUGUUUAUUUAUUUUUCUUCUCAUGACAAUAGUGAAAGUAAAUCUAAAAGUUUCUCUCAAGUUUCCAGGACCAACAGCUCCGAUGUUGUGAAAUGACAUCAAGGUUUUUUGUGGUUUUGUGCUGCUGAAAGGGAAACUGUGACAAGUUUUGUGCUGGCCGCCCACUCACGUCAGUUUAUUUGGAGUGUCUCAAGACUUCUAAAACACACGUCGGAAUCCAAUGAAAGCAUCCACAUUCACGCAAAUAAUAUCCAAUGUUUUGAGACGUUAUUGUCACAUGCACAAAGUACAAACCCUGUUUCUGUAUGAGUUGGGAAAUUGUGUUUGAUGUAAAUAUAAAUGGACUACAAUGAUUAGCAAAUCAUUUUCAACCCAAAUUCAGUUGAAUAUGCGACAAAGACAACAUAUUUGAUGUUCAAACUGAUAAACAUUUUAGUUUUUUUGCAAAUAAUCAUUAACUUUAAAAUUGGAUGCCAGCAACACGUGACAAAGAAGUUGGGAAAGGUGGCCAUAAACACUGAUAAAGUUGAGGAAUGCUCAUCAAACACUUAUUUGGAACAUCCCACAGGUGUGCAGGCUGAUUGGGAACAGGUGGGUGCCAUGAUUGGGUAUAAAAAGCUUCCCAAACAAUGCUCAGUCUUUCAAAGGAUGGGGCGAGGUACAUCCCUUUGUCCACAACUGCGUGACCAAAUAGUCAAAAAAGUUUAAGAACAACGUUUCUCAAAGUGCAAUUGCAAAAAAUUUAGGGAUUUCAACAUCUACGGUUCAUAAUAUCAUCAAAAGGUUCAGAGAAUCUGGAGAAAUCACUCCAAGUAAGCGGUAUGGCUAAAAACCAACAUUGAAUGACCGUGACCUUUGAUCUCUCAGACGGCACUGUAUCAAAAACUGACAUCAAUCGCUAAAGGAUAUCACCACUUGGGCUCAGGAACACUUCAGAAAACCACUGUCACUAAAUACAGUUCGUCGCUACAUCUGUAAGUGCAAGUUAAAGCUCUAUUAUGCAAAGCAAAAGCCAUUUAUCAACAACAUCCAGAAACGCCGCCGGCUUCUUUGGGCCUGAGAUCAUCUAAGAUGGACUGAUGCAAAGUGGAAAAGUGUUCUGUGGUCUGACGAGUCCACAUUUCAAAUUAUUUUUGGAAAUAUUCGACAUCGUGUCAUCCGGACCAAAGGGGAAGCUAACCAUCUAGACCAUGGGUGUCAAACUCUGGUCCGCGGGCCACAUUUUCAUUUGGCCCUUGAGGCAAUAUCAAAUUAACAUUAGAGCUGGCCCGCCGGUAUUAUACUGCGGCGGUGACGCUGUGACACCGCAUUCACCGCUAAUACUCAUACUUGCUAACUCUCCCCCCCCCCCCAAUUUUCCAAGGAGACUCCCAAAUUUCAGUGCCUCUCACGAAAAUCACAGGGGGCAACCAUUCUCCCAAAUUUCUCCCGAUUCCCACCUGGACAACAAUAUUGGGGGCAUGCCUUAAAGGCACUGCCUCAAGCGUCCUCUAAAACCUUUCGUCAGGUCCGCUUUUCCUACGUAGAAACAGCAUGCCGGCCUAGUCACAUGAUAUAUGUGGCUUUCACACACACACACACACGCUAAUGCAAUGCAAGCUUGGUCAACAGCCAUACAGGUCACACUGAGGGUGGCUGUAGAAAAAAACUUUAAGACUGUUACAAAUAUGCGCCACACUGUGAACCAACACUAAACGAGAAUGACAAGCAAAUUUCGAGAGAACAUCCGCACUGUAACACAACAUAAACACAACAGAACAAAUACACAGAACCCCUUGCAGAAUUACCUCUUCCUGGACGCUACAAUAUAAACAUUUAUUAUUAGCCUGUGGGAAAAGUUUAUUUUGAUAUUUACCUGAGAAGGCUGCAAAUAGAAAAGAGGCAUUCAAUUUCUAUUUAAAUUUGAUUUGAUAUGCCAUUGCUAUUUUUAAAUUAUUAGUAUUAUUUGAAACUCGAUUUUGCAUGUCACUAUAAAGUUAUAUAAGUCUCGCUUGUUUAAAAGGUUAAUUUGUUCAACCUUGGCCCGCGGCUUUGUUCAGUUUAAAAUUUUGGCCCUCUCUGUAUUUGAGUUUGACAUCCCUGAUCUAGACGGUUAUCGACGCAACGUGUAAAAGCCAGCAUCUGUGAUGGUAUGGGGGUGCAUUAGUGCCCAAGGCAUGGGUAACUUUCACAUCUGUGAAGGCACCAUUAAUGCUGAAAGGUACAUACAGGUUUUGGAGCAACAUAUAAUGCCAUUUAAGCGCCGUCUUUUUCAUGGACGCCCCUGCUUAUUUCAGCAACACAAUGCAAAGCCACAUUCAGUACGUGUUACAACAGCGUGGCUUCGUAAAAAAAGAGUGCGGGUACUUUCCUGGCCGGCCUGCAGUCCAGACAUGUCUCCCAUCGAAAAUGUGUGGCGCAUUAUGAAGCGUAAAAUACGACAGCGGAGACCCCGGACUGUUGAACGACUGAAGCUCUACAUAAAACAAAAAUGGGAAAGAAUUCCACUUUCAAACCUUCAACAAUUAAUUUUCUCAGUUCCCAAACGUUUAUUGAGUGUUGUUAAAAGAAAAGGUGAUGUAACAAAGUGGUGAACAUGCCCUUUCCCAACUACUUUGGCACGUGUUGCAGCCAUGAAAUUCCAAGUUAAUUAUUAUUUGCAAAAAAAUAUAUAAAACUUAUGAGUUUGAACAUCAAAUAUCCUGUCUUUGUAGUGCAUUCAAUUGAAUAUGGGUUGCAAAUGAUUUGCAAAUCAUUGUAUUCUGUUUAUAUUUACAUUUAACACAAUUUCCCAACUCAUAUGGAAACGGGGUUUGUAUUACAAUGGUCAAAUUUAAAGUAAGCAGCACGGUGGAAGAGGGGUUAUUGCAUUUGCCUCACAAUACGAAGGUCCAGAGUAGUCCUUAGUUCAAUCCCGGGCUCGGGAUCUUUCUGUGUGGAGUAUGCAUGUUCUCCCCCAUGACUGCACCUGGGGAUAGGUUGAUUGGCAACACUAAAAGGUCCCUAGUGUGUGAAUGUGAGUGUGAAUGUUGUCUGCCUAUCUGUGUUGGCCCUGCGAUGAGGUGGUAACUUGUCCAGACUGUACCUCGCCUUCCGCCCGAAUGCAGCUGCAAUAGGCUCCAGUAAAACCCAGAAUGUGUUUCGAUAUUUUUCGUUACUUUUCUAAAUAAAGGGGACCACAAAAAAAUUUCAUUAUUGGCUUUAUUGUAACAAAAAAUCUUACGGUACAUUAAACCUAUGUUUCUUAUUGCAUUUUAGUCCUUAAAUAAAAUAGUGAACAUACUAGACAACUUGUCUUUUAGUAGUAAGUAAACAAACAAAGUAGUAAGUAAAUAGUUAGUAGUAAGCAAACAAAGUAGUAAGUAAAUAGUUAGUAGUAAGUAAACAAACAAAGUAGUUAGUAGUAAGUAAACAAACAAAGUGGUAAGUAAAAAGUUGGUAGUAAGUAAACAAACAAAGUAGUAAGUAGUUAGUAGUAAGUAAACAAACAAAGUAGUAAGUAAGUAGUUAGUAGUAAGUAAACAAACAAAGUAGUAAGUAGUUAGUAGUAAGUAAACAAACAAAGUAGUUAGUAAAAAGUUAGUAGUAAGUAAACAAACAAAGUAGUAAGUAGUUAGUAGUAAGUAAACAAACAAAGUAGUUAGUAAAAAGUUAGUAGUAAGUAAACAAACAAAGUAGUAAGUAGUUAGUAGUAAGUAAACAAACAAAGUAGUUAGUAAAAAGUUAGUAGUAAGUAAACAAACAAAGUAGUAAGUAAAUCGUUAGUAGUAAGUAAACAAACAAAGUAGUUAGUAGUAAGUAAACAAACAAAGUAGUAAGUAAAAAGUUAGUAGUAAGUAAACAAACAAAGUAGUAAGUAGUUAGUAGUAAGUAAACAAACAAAGUAGUAAGUAAGUAGCUAGUAGUAAGUAAACAAACAAAGUAAUAAGUAGUUAGUAGUAAGUAAACAAACAAAGUAGUAAGUAAAAAGUUAGUAGUAAGUAAACAAACAAAGUAGUAAAAAGUUAGUAGUAAGUAAACAAAGUAGUUAUUAAAAAGUUAGUUGUAAGUAAACAAACAAAGUAGUAAGUAAAUAGUUAGUAGUAAGUAAACAAACAAAGUAGUAAGUAAAAAGUUAGUAGUAAGUAAACAAACAAAGUAGUAAGUAGUUAGUAGUAAGUAAACAAACAAAGUAGUAAGUAAAAAGUUAGUAGUAAGCAAACAAACAAAGUAGUAAGUAGUUAGUAGUAAGUGAACAAACAAAGUAGUAAGUAGUUAGUAGUAAGUAAACAAACAAAGUAGUAAGUAAAAAGUUAGUAGUAAGUAAACAAACAAAGUAGUAAGGAGUUAGUAGUAAGUAAACAAACAAAGUAGUAAGUAAGUAGUUAGUAGUAAGUAAACAAACAAAGUAGUAAGUAAGUAGUUAGUAGUAAGUAAACAAACAAAGUAGUAAGUAGUUAGUAGUAAGUAAACAAACAAAGUAGUAAGUAAGUAGUUAGUAGUAAGUAAACAAACAAAGUAGUAAGUAAGUAGUUAGUAGUAAGUAAACAAACAAAGGCUCCUAAUUAGUCAGCUGACAUAUGCAGUAACAUAUUGUGUCAUUUAUAUUCUAUUAUUUUGUCAACAUCAUGAAAUAGGCACCAGCGCCCCCCGUGACCCCAAAGGGAAUAAGCGGUAGAAAAUGGAUGGAUGGAUGAGGAACAGACUGUAAAAUAUGAUUAUUAAUCUACUUGUUCAUUAAAUGUUAAUAUCGGCUUUUGUUCUCUUUUAACAUAUUAUAUCUACACUUCUGUUAAAAUGUAAUAAUCACUUAUUCUUCUGUUGUUUGGAUACUUCACAUUAGUUUUGGAUAAUACCACAAAUUUAGGUAUCGAUCCGAUACCAAGUAGUUACAGGAUCAUACACUGGUCGUAUUCAAAGUCCUCAUGUGUCCAGGGACGGAAAUCCUGAUUAUAGAAAAACAUAUAUUUUCUUUUUUAAAUAAAAUAAAAAUUUUGUGAUGCCAAAAAGUAUUGAUGCAAUCAUAGUAGAAUCGACUAGAUACGCUCUUGUACUUUGUAUCAUUACAGUGGAUUUUAGGUAUAGAUCCACCAAUGGCAUUUGUUUACAUUUUGAUGCCGGUGAGAUACGGUGUGUAGUGAAGCAUGUUUAGCUAUUCCUCGUCCUGCAGUGAUAAUACUACUUCUAAGAAAUUUACUUUAUUUGUCGCCAUGGAGGCGAGGAUUAGUGAUUUAGAGUAGCUAAAACCCUGCCGAUGGAUGUUAGCUGCUAGCUCGUUAGCCAUGUUUUAAAGCACCUCUUCCUGAGGGCGUUUCAGUGUUAUAACUUCACCUUUUUCUUUAGUUUUUAAGCCAAAAUGCGUCCGUUCGCCCUUUUCUGUCCUCACACUGUGUCUGCAAGUAAGUACUCGGUGUGUGUGCGCUGCCAAACAUGCUCCUCUGCUUGUAAACCAACAUGACGUGACGACGGCGGGGUGCCGGGAGAUACAGGUACUUUUUCGAGUCGGUAUAGUACCGAAUAUGAUUCAUUAGUAUCGCAGUGCCAUACUAAUACCGGUAUCCCGUACGACCCUUGGCAGAAAAAAAAAACAUUCAAUAUUGAUGUGGCUUACGAAUAACCAUUAUUUUCCAUGGAAUGGUUAAAAAAUAUUUUUAUCUUCUGUUUUUUGGGGUGAUAAAUAUAAAAAAAGCGGGUGUUGGGAGCGCUUCAAGUUCAUUUAUAUAGGCCUUAAUCACAAGCGUCUCAAAGGACUGCUGCACAAGCCACAAGGACAUUCUCUGCUCAGAUCCCACAUCAGGGCAAGGAAAAACUCAACCCAAUGGGAUGACAAUGAGAAACUUUGGAGGGGGACGCAGAUCCUAUCAUGAUCGACGGUAUCAAAAGCAGCACUAAGAUCAAGAAGCAGCAACAGCAUCCAUCGUUAGAAAUAGAUCAUAAGUCAUAUAUAAUAAUAUCUGCUUAAUUUAGGAUUUCAAAGCAAGUUAUCCGUAAAAUUGUACACUAUAAAAAUGACCAAUACAUUUUACUGUAAAAUUCAGGCAGGUUUUUUUUUGUUUGUUUUUUACAACAUAUUACUGUAAGUUGAAAAAAAACGACCAGUUUGUUUUUUUACAGUAAAAUUCUGUCUACUGAGCUGUCAGUUUUGUUGUUUUUUUUACUGUAAAAUAUAUGGUAUCACAUUUAAUCAUCUUAAAAAAAAUUAAUGGCAGCUGAGUUACCAAAAUAAAAUUAAACAGCGGUACUGUAUUUCUAUUUUCAGUAAUAUACUGUAAAAAUAGUAAUAAAAAUAAUAGUAAAAAACACCAUGGUAAUUGCAAGGAGAUAUUGACUCGUCCAGGGUGUAGACCACCUUCCGCGCCCGAUUGUAGCUGAGAUAGGCUCCAGCGACCUCAAAGUGAAUAAGCGGUAGAAAAUGGAUGGAUGGAUGAAAAACAACAACAACCAAUGUUUGUUUUUUACAUUAAAAUUCUGUCUACUGAGCUGUCAGUUUUGUUGUUGUUUUUUUUACUGUAAAAUCCACGGUUGAUGGUUUUAUGGUAUCACAUUUAAUUAUGGUAAAAAAAACUGGCAGCUGAGUUACCAAAAUAAAAUUAAACAGCGGUACUGUAUUUCUAUUUUCAGUAAUAUAUUGUAAAACUAGUAAAAUAACAAUAAAAAACACCAUGGCAACUGCGAUGAGGUUUCGACUUGUCCAGGGUGUACUCCACCUUCCGCCCGAUUGUAGCUGAGAUAGGCUCCAGCGUCCCCAGCGACCUCAAAGGGAAUAAGCGGUAGAAAUGGAUGGAUGGAUGAAAAAACAACAACAACCAAUGUUUGUUUUUUUACAUUAAAAUUCUGUCUGCUGAGCUGUCAGUUUUUGUUGUUGUUUUUUUUACUGUAAAAUCCACGGUUGAUGGUUUUAUGCUAUCACAUUUAAUUAUGGUAAAAAAAAACUGGCAGCUGAGUUACCAAAAUAAAAUUAAACAGCGGUACUGUAUUUCUAUUUUCAGUAAUAUAUUGUACACUAUAAAAAUGACCAAUACAUUUUACUGUAAAAUUCAGGGAGUUUUUUUAGUUUUUUUUACAACAUAUUACUGUAAGUUCAAAAAAAAAAGACCAAUGUUUGUUUUUUUACAGUAAAAUUCUGUCUACUGAGCUGUCAGUUUUGUUGUUGUUGUUUUUUUUUUAAACUGUAAAAUACACGGUUGAUUAUUUUAUGAUAUCACAUUUAAUCAUGGUAAAAAAAACUGGCAGCUGAGUUACCAAAAUAAAAUUGAACAGCGGUACUGUAUUUCUAUUUUCAGUAAUAUAUUGGAAAAAUAGUAAUAAUAAUAAUAAAAAACACCAUGGCAAUUGCGAUGAGGUGGCGAGUUGUCCAGGGUGUACACCGCCUUCCGCCAGAUUGUAGCUAAGAUAGGCUCCAGCGUCCCCAGCGACCUCAAAGGGAACAAGCGGUAGAAAAUGGAUGGAUGGAUGGAUGGAUGAAAAAAAACAACAACCAAUUUUUGUUUUUUUUUCAUUAAAAUUCUGUCUGCUGAGCUGUCAGUUUUUUUUGUUUGUUUUUUUACUGUAAAAUCCAUAGUUGAUGAUUUUAUGUUGUUAUAUUUAAUUAUGGUAAAACUGGCAGCUGAGUCACAAAAAUAAAAUUCAACUGUGGUACUGUAUUUCUAUUUUCAGUAAUGUUUUAAAAAUAAUGAUGAUAAAAAAAACCACAAUAUAUUUUACAGUAAAAGUCUGGCAACUGCAAUGCAGUGGCGACUUGUCCAGGGUGUACCCCGCCUUCCGCCCGAUUGUAGCUGAGAUAGGCUCCAGCGUCCCCAGCGACCUCAAAGGGAAUAAGCGGUAGAAAUGGAUGGAUGGAUGAAAAAACAACAACAACCAAUGUUUGUUUUUUUACAUUAAAAUUCUGUCUGCUGAGCUGUCA